CAUCCCACACCGCUUUUCGGAAGUGCCAAGGCCAAACAGAAGAGUCGCGACGACUAAGAAGAAGAGAUGCGUUCGCUUCAGCUGCUCCUAGUGCUGGGAUUGGCUUUCGCCGUCCAAUCCGCCGAUCCUAUCCGUGUUCUUUUGGUUUAUGAAACAAAUAAUGUGGAUGCCGACCGUGCCUUUACCGCUGUACAAAGUUACCUGGAACGAACCAAAGUUCAGGGACUUAGCCUCGGAAAUGUGACGCGCGUUACUCUCGAUUCAACCCAAAAGUACCUGACAGUUGACGAUGUUUGCAGCGUUUAUGAUAAGUCGAUUGACGCGGGUACUCCUCCCCACAUCGUAUUGGAUCUCACCUGGUCCGGGUUGUCUUCAGAGGUGAUGAAGGCCCUGACGAGAAACCUCGGACUACCCACAAUCAGCGGUUCCUAUGGUGGCGUUGGAGAUCUAAAACACUGGAGUAAUAUUGACGGUAAUCAAACCAAGUACCUGGUUCAGGUAAUGCCACCGAGCGAUAUUAUCCCGCAAUUGGUAGCUCUCAUCACUUCGAUGCAGAACAUGACCAACGCCGCCAUCCUCUACGAUGAUAGUUUCGAUAUGCUCAACAAAUACAAGUCGUUACUGAAAAACCGUCCCAUUCGUCACAUGUUCUCCAAGAUCGAGACCAACAUUAACAGUCAAAUAAGACGAUUGGAGGACAUGGACAUUGUCAAUUUUUUCGUUCUAGGCAAAAUAGAUCGAAUCAACCAGGUUCUAAUGUCAGCAGCUCAAGAAAACUACUUUGGCAAGAAAUAUUCUUGGACUGCCAUUUCUAAGGAUGGAUCUGCAGAACCAUUUGUCAGAACUGACAAUGGUUCAAUUUUGUUUGCUGUGCCAACAGUUAACCCUGAUGUUGCUAACGGCAUACUGUUCAAAACAUCUGGGCUUAAUACUGGGUACAGUGUUGACACUGGAUUCUACUUUGACUUGAUUCUACGAGCCAUUACUACUGUCAAAAACAUGUUGGAUGGAAACACAUGGCCAGUCGACAUGAGUUACUCAAAAUGCAGCAUGACAAACAUAACUGCUGUGACGAGAAACAAUUUUGAUUUGAGGAAGGCCUUUGCUGAUACGAAUGUAGGAUCAACAUUCGCCAACAUGAUUUUGAAUGGCAAUGGCAAAUCUUACCCACAAGUGGAAAUGACCAUCAAUCAGAUGAAUUUCAAAAACAGUCGCUUGGAAUCGAAAAACGCUCUCGGUAUCUGGAAAGCUGGAAUGCCCGGUGAAAUAUCUUUUUCGCCAGGGCAAUCAUUACGUCCUUUUCAAGUCAUCAGCGUUUUCAAAAUCGCCGUGGUGGUGCAAGCGCCGUUCAUCAUGAAACGGAAAGCCAACGGAACGGUGACAUUCUACGGUUAUUGCGUCGAUCUCAUCAAAGACAUUCAGGCCAUUAUGGGAUUUGAAUAUGAGCUGUACGAAGUACCUGACGGCAAAUACGGCAACAUGGAUAGCAAAAUGAACUGGAACGGCAUGAUUAAAGAGCUAAUGGAGAAGAGGGCCGAUAUAGGAUUAGGAGCUCUAGCCGUGAUGGCCGAACGUGAGAACGUGAUUGAUUUCACGGUGCCUUACUACGAUUUGGUGGGCAUCAGCAUUUUGAUGGCCAAGCCGCAAGUCUCCACGUCCUUGUUCAAAUUUCUCACUGUGCUCGAGAACGACGUCUGGGGAUGCAUUUUAGCCGCUUAUUUCUUUACCAGCAUUUUGCUGUGGAUUUUCGAUCGCUGGUCGCCUUAUUCCUAUCAAAACAACAAGGAAAAAUACGCCGACGAUCCUGAAGAAGAGAAACGUGAAUUCUCCUUGAAAGAAUCUCUCUGGUUCUGCAUGACAUCCCUGACACCUCAGGGCGGUGGAGAAUCUCCCAAGCAUUUGUCGGGACGUUUGAUUGCUGCCACUUGGUGGCUCUUUGGUUUCAUCAUCAUCGCUUCGUACACGGCCAACUUGGCUGCCUUCUUGACCGUUUCCCGUCUCGACUCGCCCGUCAACUCGCUGGACGACUUGUCCACCCAGUACAAGGUCCAGUACGCCCCGCAAAACGGCACCGACGUCGCCACCUAUUUUGAACGCAUGGCCUACAUCGAAAAGCGAUUCUACGAGAUUUGGAAGGACAUGAGCUUGAACGAUUCGAUGAACGAAGUGGAGCGUUCAAAAUUGGCCGUUUGGGAUUACCCGGUCAGUGACAAGUACACCAAGAUUUGGCAAUCUAUGCAGGACGCCGGUUUGCCGCACACUUUUGACGAGGCCCUAACUCGCGUAAGGGCGUCCAAUGCUGAAAAUAAUGACGGAUUCGCUUUCCUCGGUGACGCAACAGACAUCCGUUACCAAGUGCUAGUCAAUUGUGACCUGCAGAUGGUGGGCGAGGAAUUCUCCCGCAAGCCGUACGCCGUGGCCGUUCAGGAAGGUUCGCCGCUGAGGGACUUGCUCAACGACGCCAUUCUGCGCUUGCUCAACCAGCGACGCCUGGAGACGCUCAAAGAGCGAUGGUGGACCGAUAACCCGGAGAAGCAAGAAUGCGGCGACACCAACGACCAAUCGGACGGCAUUUCCAUUCAAAACAUCGGUGGUGUUUUUAUCGUCAUUUUCGUCGGCAUCUUUUUGGCCUGCGUGACUUUGGCAAUCGAAUAUUGCUACUUCAAAGUGCGACGUAAUCCCGAAGGCGACGAAGUCGUUUCCACUCCCGAAAGCCGCAGCAAUGCCGCCGGCAAUCGCAAUAAAUUGGACGAUGCCUACGUCAAGAAUUCCCAGAAGCCUUACGUCCUGGACGACAACUCGAAAGAUCCGUAUGCGGGAGACUACGGCUAUUACGGAGCCAAGAAAGAAUUGGAACUCGAGGGUGACGGACCUCGCCCACGCAAAGCCUGGUAAAAGCUAAUAACCUUGAUGGCGCCCUGGAUGUAUACACACAACGACCGGAU